AUGCUGUCAAACAGCCUCGCAUGUGGAUCGUUCGGCGCUGUCGGCGCUCUCGCCGCCAGCACAUCAUGGGUGCCGUCGUCGGACUUUUCCAGCCACGGCGGCCUCUGCGUCGGCUCCCACCUUGACCUGAACAGCCUGAACAGUAGUGUGCAUGGCAACGGCAGCGUCCACGCAAACAACGGCAGCAGCGUCCACGGCAACGGCAGCGUGCACGGCAACAACGGCAGCAUCCACGGCAGCGGGGCCGCCGCCGCUGCGCUCGCAGCUGGCGCUCGGACAAUGGGCGCGUUCGGCGGCGCAGGGUCGGGUGCCUUGGUGGCGGACGCGCUGCGACGUGACGCGGCAGACCCAGGGCGCCAACCCACCUCAGUCGAGGACAUCAUAGGCUUCAUCGCGUCUGUCCCCUCGGGCCAGCCCAUCAUGCACGUGGUGGGGCCGUCGCUGCAGCAGCUUGACAGCAGCGCACUCGCUGCGCUCCUCAAAGAGCUCGGCCGCCAAGGCCUGGCCACGCGCGCUGUGGAGGUGUUUGACCACCUGCGCGGCGAGGGUGGCCUCGACACGACCCACCUGCUGGACAUAUACACCUACACCACCGCCAUCAGCGUGUGCAGCAGCAGCCAGCAGCUGGAGCGGGCGCUGGAGCUGGCGGCGGAGAUGCGGUCGCGGGGCAUCAGCUGCAACGUGCACACAUACAGCGCGCUCAUGAACGUGUGCAUAAAGUCGAACGAGGUGCAGCUGGCGCAGGAGGUGUACAAGCAGGCGCCGCGCCUGAGGGAGCCACCGCGCGGCGCCAAGCCGCAGGGUGGCCGCGGGGCGCUGCUGCAGGCCUUCGAGGCCAUGCUGGACGAGGGCUGCACCCCCAACCUUGUGACGUUCAACACGCUGAUUGACCUGUACGUGAAGACGGGGCAGUGGCAGGAGGCCAUAGGGGUGCUGGACACACUGGAGGAGCACGUGAGUGCGAUCUGA